GCUCAAAAUGAAGGACCUCUCUUCCGUCGAGACUUUGAACGUCCCCGAGGGUGUUACCGUCGAGGUUAAGGCCCGUACCGUCACCGUUGAGGGUCCCAGGGGCAAGUUGACCAAGAACGUUGGUCACAUCCAGAUGGACAUCCAGCUCGUGAGUUUUGUUGGAGGUUUUGGGUGAAAUUUUGGAGUGGGCAUGGGGUAGACGGGGCAUCAGGAGGGGACAGAGAGAAGUAGCACAUCGGGGGGAUUUGGAGGAGGAAGAGCAGAGCAGACGUCGAGGAGGAGAGAUGCUGGCCAAAUUUGGCGAAUGAGAGCCGAUGCCCCAUGCCCCACUCAAAUUGCCCCACCAUCGUCCACCCCGCUAACUCUCUUUCCCCCCAGGUCAAGACCCCCAAGGGUUCCAAGGUCGUCUUCACCGUGUGGCACGGUGCCCGAAAGCACGUUGCCUGCCUGCGAACCGUCAAGUCCCUCGUCGAGAACAUGAUCAUCGGUACCACCAAGGGCUUCCUCUACAAGAUGCGUCUCGUUUACGCGCAUUUCCCCAUCAACGCCAUCCCCGCCGACGACGGUUCUUCCCUCCAGAUCCGAAACUUCUUGGGUGAGAAGAUUGUCCGAGACUGCAAGAUGCUCGAAGGCACCACCGUCGCCCUCUCUGAAGUCAAGGAUGAGAUCAUCCUCCAGGGUAACGACAUUGAGAAGGUCUCCCAGUCUGCUGCUUCCAUCACCGACAAGUGCCGAGUCAAGAACAAGGAUAUCCGAAAGUUCUUGGAUGGUGUCUACGUCUCUGAGCGAACAACCGUCGUCCAGGACGAGUAAGGAGUUUUUCUUCCUUGCUUGACUGGAAGGAGAUAGAGAGGGAGGUGGUUGGGUCCGAGUCUACUGGUUUGGGGUAGAUCAGGAUGUAACAUUCAUGACGCAUAC